AUGAUGAAGAAGAACAGGAAGGCAGUGGAAGAGCAAGAACCUCUCUGGAUCCCACAGUCUCAUGGUCUAGGGCAUCUUAAGAAUAUACUGGAUGGAGGAGAGUAUGCCCCUUUUAUAUCUCCUCCCAUACUGGAGAGCAAUUUUAUUCAGGUCAAUAGGAAAGGUGAAUCUAUUUAUCUGCAUAACCGAGCAAACUGGGUGACAGUAGGCAUCUGUUCUUCCAAUCCCAUCCUCAAGACCCCGAAUGUGAUGCUGUUGGCACAUCUGACACCAGAGGCUCGAAAAGAAUCAGAACCCAUCUUUAAAAGCCUCCUGGCAUCUUCCUCUACAGAGAAUCUGGUGCUCACUAGGUUUCUUCCACUGCAGUUUGUGACUCUUUCUGUGCACAGUGCUAAGAACUUGAGACUCAAAGUAAAGCUGAUAAGUGGCCGAGCCUACUAUUUACAGCUCUGUGCUCCUGUAUAUAAACAGGAUAUCGUAUUUUCUCAGUGGGUGGACCUCAUCACCCUCUUGAAUCGGGAGAAAACAAGAACUUCCAAAGUGUCAGAGGUUUCGAGCCUCUCAGAAAUCACAAACAGCACAGACAUCACAGGCUCGAUGGACAUCAUGGACAUCACAGCUUUCGAAGAGCUACAGGCCAUAAACCCAAACACUCGCAUAUAUUCUGCUAGCAUCGCUGAAAGCACAGAAUUGUCAGAAUUUACAGAUGUCACCGAUAUCACAGAUGUCACUGAUGUCACUGAUAGUCCAGAAUAUGAGGACACAGAUGUUCCAGAUAUAAAAAUUGUCACAGAAGUCACAGAACUCAUGGAAGACAAAGAGGCCACAAACAUCUCAGGGGUCACAGUAGUAUUUGAAAACGACGACAUAAUAAAGGCCAAGCGAGAGGAAAAGGAAAACAUCCUGAAGCAUGGGUGUCUACGAGACAUGAAAAGUAAGAACGAGUUCAGAGAAUCUCCCAAACGUGUCACCAUCUCAAACUUAACACUCACUUUCCAAGGUGAAAAAUGUUUUCAGACUACUUUGACUCCUAUAAAAAGUGAGGAAAGCAUAAGCAAAGUAAUGAGUCAUGAAAGCACAAAAGAAACGAUGACUGACCUUCCAAACUACAGUCUCAAGGCUACAGAAUCCAGGAGCACAAGCACUGAUUCAGACACUUCAGCUGCAGAAGCAAGAAGAGGAAUGGACAACGUCAUCAUUUGGAAAACGUGGCAAUCAGAUGCACUACAUGCUGCCAUUGUGGCUUUAAGGCCUACCACCUUCAAAAGCCAACAUGCAAAUGUGGCUACCCAGCCAAGCUCCAGAGGAAUGAGCGUUAGCAUUUUUGACGUGCCUGAGGGGACAAGAGGAAUCUCCUCAAAGGGAAUCUGGUUUUCCUCAGGUGACUGUUACCCAGGCGCAGAGGGCGGCGGGUGGUCGAGCGUUAGCGGCUCCCGAGUCCGUCUCCGGGAAGCAGGGCGAUCGCACGCAGUCGGGGAGGUGGGUUGA